GGCCAACCCGACACAGCCACGCUCAGCCCUGCCCUGCCCGAGGGAAGCAGCGGUACCAGACCCUGGUUCCUCCUUUUGGAGCAGCUGGAAAACCUCCCCCUGGGAAGGCGAGAUGUCCUGGUUGCCAAACUGGCUCCAAACUGGCUGUCAUUAGUGCCAGUCCAGCCCUGCUUGCUGGAAUUGGGUUUGUCCUUUCUCUCGAUGUCCAAGUCUCCCCUUUGAUGGUCGAAAACCCCAACUCAUCUUGGAGUGAGAAAGAGCUGGUGCAGAAUGCCCGUGGGAAGGCACUCGGUGCAUCUGAUGUUACACUGGGACCCGGUGAUCUCUGAGGUCUUUUCCAACCUUAAUGAUUCUGUGAUUUGAUAUUGUGGCUCCUUUAUCAAACCAGCACGGGUGAAUCUGUGUCCUGUAUCGGAAACUGUGGCCUGAGUGACAUCGUUAGUGAUCAGGACCAGAUGAGCAGAGGGAGGUUCCUGUGAAGAUCAGAGUCUCCCCAGCCCGGCCUCAGGAAGUGGCCCAGCAGUGCUGUGUCUCUGCCUGUCAUCCCUACGGACCUGGAAGAGAAAACAGACCAGAAAAAUGUCCCAUGCUUUAAAGCAAGUGUUCAAUAAAGACAAAACCUUCCGGCCGAAGCGCAAGUUUGAGCCGGGAACUCAGCGGUUUGAGCUGCACAAGAAGGCCCAAGCUUCCCUCAACGCUGGCCUGGACUUGAAACUUGCUGUGCAGCUGCCACCAGGGGAGGAGCAGAACGACUGGGUGGCCGUGCACGUCGUGGACUUCUUCAACCGCAUCAACCUGAUCUAUGGCACCAUCAGUGACUACUGCACAGAGCAGUCCUGCCCUGUCAUGUCGGGGGGACCCAAGUACGAGUACCGCUGGCAGGACGAGCACAAGUACAGGAAACCCACGGCCCUGUCUGCCCCCCAGUACAUGAACCUCCUGAUGGACUGGAUUGAGGUACAGAUCAACAACGAGGACAUCUUUCCCACCAACGUUGGUACUCCCUUCCCCAAGAACUUCCUCCCAGUGGUGAAGAAGAUUCUCUCCAGGCUCUUCCGAGUCUUUGUCCAUGUCUACAUCCACCAUUUUGAUAGGAUCACCCAGAUGGGGUCAGAAGCCCAUGUGAACACAUGCUACAAGCACUUUUACUACUUUGUGAAAGAGUUUAAUCUCAUAGACACCAAGGAGCUGGAACCACUGAAGGAAAUGACCUCUCGGAUGUGCCACUGAGAUGAGACCUUUCCUGCUCCCACCCCAGAGGCCUCUGAGUCUCAGCCCCUGCGUUGGAGAUGUGAUUGAAGGGCAGAACAGAGAUGUUUUGUUAAAAGAAAUCUAUAUAUUUUUAAUGAGUUUCAAUGUAAAACUGUGAUAUUGCAGGAAUAUUUUUUUAAAGAUGCUCUAGAUAAACUAGUUUUUUAUAGUAAUUUCUAUAAAAAAAAAAAAAAAAAAGAAAAUAUUUUGGGCUUCUUGGUGGACCUGCUGCCUCUGGGAGGAGGGAAGAGCCAAGAACCACCCUGUCCUGCCUCUUCCCCAUCCCCUCACUGCAGAGGCACUGAGUGAGCUGAGCCAGGUGGUUCAGCCAGAGCCGUGUGGUGGAGCUGGUGCUGCCAUGGAAGCGGUACAUCCCUCUGGACACCCACCUCCCACCUGGGAAGGGAGGUUCCAUGAGGACUCUGGAAGAAAUGCUGGUGUCCAUGGAUCCCCUGGGGUGCUGUUUGGUUCCAGCACCUCUUCCACUGGCUGUGAGUCCUGUUUUUGGACAGAGCUGCUUUUGUGCUCAGCCCCCCACUUGGCAUCCCGUCCCCAAGGCUUGGUCCUCUGUGCUUUCCCCCUGAAAGAAGUUGGAGUUUGGUGUCUUUGAUGGCUAAACCAACACUGCUGCUGUUGUCAGUCUGCUCCUGCCUCUUACUCCAGCCCUGAGCUGAGCUCCUCCCCACACACACCCGUGGGAAUGAGUAGCAGGAAGGUGCUGGGACAGGCGUGGUGGGGAAAUCUGCUC